GUAAUACACCACGUCGAGAAAAGUUGAUAUCUGUUUUGCUCAAUAGCACCGAUCUCAUUCAUCGUACUAAUUCUAGAGGAGAACAUUUGUUAUUGUUCUUGGCACGAACGGUAGGCAGACAAAUCAUUGAACAAGAACAUUAUCAACGUCGAAUGAUGAAGAAAUCUCAAGGAACAAGUGACACAACUCCGGAACACGAUUUGGAACCGCCGAAAUUUGCACGUACUGCUUUCGCAAAAUUGCUAGCUGAUUGGCGUGCUGUUAAAAGCCUGAUAAUGUUGGGUGUUAAAGGCGUGCAAAACGAUGCGUUGGUAGUGGAAGAAGUGUUUCAUUUAAAUCAGCAACAUGGAUGUUCACAUCUUGACAAAUUUGCUUUUAUCUUGUUGGCGAAAUGCUCAGAAACUCAUAUCGAUACUCUACUGAAUACACUGAUAGCAGAAGCAAAUAAAAACAAUGAAGAAAUGAAAAGAGAUCCUGACAUCGAUUCUGUAAUUUCACGUUUUGUGCGCGCAGUUAUCAGGAUGUUCAUGCUUUUAACGUUAUUGUCACCAGCAGCCAUCACAGUUGCUACAGCUACAGCAAGCGGCAUUGCACAAGUAAUAGCAUCUGGUAACAGCCCACCAAGAAGAAUUUUUGGUCCUGGCUUACAUGCUGUCAGCUUUACUGGUUUAUUGUCGCUCGUUCGGUCGACAAGUGGACGUGAAAGUUCUGCUGCUAAAGAAGCCAAAAAGAAAAACGUGACGAAUUUUGUAUUGAAAUGUCGCCGCAUAUUUCAAACUUUAUUGAAUUACUCGAUCAACGAGUUGUGCAAUAUGGCUGAUUCUUUAAUCGCUCCUGUACGACUUGGAAUAAUCAAACCUACUUCAGUUAUUGCUCAGAAUAUUACCAACGAUCCUCUCGAUGUGAUAGAAAAGUUUCUGAAUACAAAAGUCGAUUUAUCAACAAUUAGUACUGCUGGCGAUGAACUUGCUAUGGCCAAAUUCGGUCGAAAACGAAAGCGUAGUACACGGCGAGAAGGAGAUCAUGGUGAUGAAGAAAUGCGAGAAGCCCCGCAACCGCGUAGUACACCAGAAAGUGACAAUUCAAGCGAUUCGGAUAGUGAUGAGUCGCGUCCUACGCGAAGUCAGAGUUAUGUUGGUGAGGUGUAUAAUGCACUUCGAAACGAAGCAUCAUCCGGUAAUUAUGAUGGCGACGAGCUAUUCAGCAUGUCUGAGGAGGAUCCGGAGGAUGACUCAGUUGAAUCAGUUAGUUCACCAGCUGAGCAAGAUGACGAUCCAACUAGUCAGGGUAAUGAUCCUAAUAUUGACGAAGAAGAUGAGGAAAAUGACGAUGAUGGGAAUGGUGAUGAUGGAGACGAGCAGGAAUUCGGAAAUGAGGAAGACGAUGGCAAUUACGAAGAAGGUGAUGAAAAUGAAAAUGAUCGUUAUGAGCAAGAAGGAGAACAUGAAGGUAACGAAGAGGGAAAUGGUGAUGGUGAGGAUGAGGAAAUGCAGGUGGAGCCAAAUGAGGAAGAUGAUGUACCGGAAAGUCGUGAUGGUACUAUCGAUGGAACAUAUGAUAUGCGAUCACGACACAUACGACCGAAUGAACGUAGAACGAACCAAUCGCGGAACUCUCGAGGUACGAACAGUUUACCUGGUGAACAACAGCAAGAUGCAGCACCACGUACAGAGUCUCAAAAUGUAUCGCAGCAGCGUGUCAGAAAUAAUGAAGCGAGCAAUGCGAAUCGUAGUACUGAUGCUACAUCGGCAAGAGUAUCCGGUGUAACGAGUGGGAGACAUAACACAAUACCUCUGCAAUGGGCAAUGCGUCGUAUGGCCUCGAAUAUUGAACGACCGACCGCAACACGACGUAAUGACGACAACGAAAAUCGGGAAUCGAACACAACUUCUUUGUCAAGUUCAAGGCAUUUGCGAGAAUCAUCGGAAGAUGCUGCUACUUCAGUAACUAAAACAAACCAGCAACUUGCUUUGUCAUUUUCAAUCAUUAUCAGGUUGAUUGUGGACUUAAUGCCAAUGCUUGUGGAUCACCGAGAGUAUGUGAAAAGCUCGUAUACACUUAUACCAAAAAUGUUGGAGUUGAAUGAUGCUGUUGUAGUUGCAGUUCGUCGACUGAUAGAAGAGCGUCUCUAUGUUGUGUGGCACUGGAUGGAAACAGUUCUAGAUCGAACUGAAGCACAACUGCGUUUUGGAAAUGCACUGAUGGCUUCACCAACUAUUUCUGCUGUACUUCGUAAAGAGAAGAAACUAUCGCCUAAAAAAAGUGAUGAUCGUAACACUGAAAGACACAGUCCUCGACCUGGAUCAGGAAAUCAUUCCAGUACGCCGGUUCCUAGACAAGAUUAUACCGCUGGAUCUGCGGCUGCAAAUAGCAAGAAAGCAGAAAAAAUUCCAGAUGAACAAAAUUCAGACUCGACAGCAUCACUGGAGGAUUUCUUUGACUAUAUAACGGCAUUGAUGCGUUCUCAUGCUUCUGAAAAUGGUGAUGAUGUCCCGAUUAUCGAAUUCAAUGCAUUGAAAGCCUUAGCUUUUGUGGCAGAUGCAUAUUUAUCGUUAACUGAUAUGCUGGAAAAGUUAGACGCCAGGAUUGCAUUAGGAUUAAACUCGACUGAAAGCACUGCGAAUGAUAAAGAAGUCAUCGAUAUGUUUCAAAAUGAUGAAACCUCCACUGCUAACGGCGGCAAGCCAAGUGUACAAGCAGGCGCAUUGAUGACCGAUUUUUUCCAGCGUUCUAAUUCACUACUUUAUCCGGGUAUUGCAUCGUCAUCCAAUUAUCAUGCAUUUGAGCAUAAAUGUGCGGAUUCUUUGGCAUUGGCCGAGCGUCCACAGCUUUUGAGACCGGAUAUUGAAAAAGAGGAAAUGUUUGGGUUACCGAUAAAGCACAAGACUACUUGUGAGCAUAGGAAAAGUGUUCGAGAACAUGGUGCAAAGUAUCCAGCUCAUCAAGGAUUAGUUGCCCCAUGGUCGAAUUAUCAGGAAAUGUUACCCAUAAAUACAAGUGAAGAGAAAGAGGUGCCGAUAAGUGGACUUUCACGUCCAAAUGUAAUUGUGCAUUCGAAGAAUGUAUCUAAUGAAACGGUCGUGCAAGGAAAGCGUCGGCGAUUAUGCUCAUCAUCUACUGUCCCACCACCACGUGGUUUUGCUGCAAUACAUUUGGAAAGUUUAAAAACUGCAUUGCAUCGUAGUAAUCAAAGCCAGGUGCACAAAUCAUUGGCGCGCUGGAAGAAUACGCUAAAUUUGAUGGCAAAGGCAUUUAGCGAUCAACUUCUAAUCGCUUGUGGUGGUGAAGUUACGAGUUCAAUGCUUUUGAAUGAAAUGGCUGGUUUUUUGGUGCGUGAAGCGCAAUUCCGUAAGAAGAUGGAAAAGUUCAAAGCAGCACAAACCAAGGAUAUUGCUUUCGAGAUCGAACGAGAUAAGCAUGAAAUGAUUGCACAGACAAUUCGUCAAUUGAAUGUGCAUUAUUCGCGUCGUGUUAACAAUUCAUCAUCGGUGAAUUCAACACAAAGUAACAGUACGGAUUCCCCUCGAGAAUUUGGUUCUAUAAGAUCAGUCAGACUGGUUAAUCUUUCAUGGGCUAACGCUAGUAAUAAAGACGACACUGAUGCACCUCCCCUUGCUUGCCAUAAGGUAAAAGUUACUUUCAAAAAUGAACCUGGAGAAGGAAGUGGUGUAGCAAGAAGUUUCUAUGCAGCUAUCGCGGACGCAUUUUUAACAAUGAAACGCUUGCCAACAGAAACACAAGUUCUAGCUGCUUUUGGUAGUUUACCUGGAGAUGUCCAAUCGUCAUCAGGUAAUCGAGGAUCUGGUCGUGGAAGUUAUCGUGACCGAAGUGCAAUCCUUCUAAAUAGUUUGUCAAUGGCUGGAAGGCGACGUAGUUUGCGAAACCGAUAUACCCUAUCUGUUUCUUCACCUUCGUAUUAUUCACGACAUCAACCACACCUUAAUGAACCACCAGGUGAUGGUGAAUCAGCUGCACCAUCUAAUAUUGAUAAUCUAACAACGUCUCAAGCUCCAACGGCCUGGGAGCCUGAGAGAGAAACGCUAGGCGAAAGAUUGUUGUCAAGAGUUCGGGCAAUAAGACCGCAGUUAUGUAACAAAAUUACGGGCAUGUUGCUGGAUCUUCAGCCACACCAACUAAUAACGAUACUUGCUAGUGAAGAGCUUCUUCGUGCUCAAGUGGAAGAAGCAUCUGAAAUGAUUCAGGCAGCUGGUCUAGGAAACGGCGACGGAGACCGUAUUAAUGAAUCAACAUCCUCGAAUCGCGGACAACCAGCGCAAGCAAAAAGUGGACCAAUAGCACGUGCUUCUAGCACCCCAAAUCUCAAUUCUGCCAAUGACUCAAGCACAAUUAGCUUAGAUGAUGAUACAGCGCCACUGUUUUAUUGUCCAAGUAGGACUGGCUAUUAUACACCAAUUGCUGGUAAAAACUCGACACAUCGUUUAAAUGCUUUUCGAAAUGUUGGGAGAAUGAUCGGAAUUUGUCUGAUGCAAAUGGAGAUAUUUCCAAUGCAUCUUUGCCGACAUGUGCUGAAAUUCAUACUUGGACGUCCGAUCAACUGGUUUGAUCUUGCUUUUUAUGAUCCUGUCUUGUUCGAAUCGAUGCGUACAUUGGUAUUUAAUGAAGGCCUAACCCGACCUGAACAAAUUAACAGUUUGUAUCUAACUUUCGAAGUCGCUGUUCCUGAACAGGAGGGUGGAGGUACUGUGGAACUGAAACCAAGUGGUGCAAAUAUUGCAGUAACCCACGAAAAUGUUGUGGAAUAUAUCUAUCUGUUCGUGGAAGCGCGAAUGCUUGGAAAUCAUUUGAAAUGCCUUGAAGCUAUCAAACAAGGCGUGUAUGACGUAAUUCCACUUGGUUCGCUGGCAAAUAUGACCGCCGAGGAUUUACGUUUGUUGCUUUGUGGAACACAAGAGAUCUCGAUGGCUUUGAUGCAGAGCUACACAACAUUCACAGAUGAAAGUUCGGCAUCACCAGAAUCGCUGCAGAAGUUUAAAGGAUGGUUCUGGUCAAUAUGUAACAAGCUCAAUAAUCAGGAGAAACAAGAUUUGAUCUUCUUCUGGACCGGUUCGCCAACACUUCCACCAAGUGAAGAUGGUUUCCAACCGAUGCCAACAGUUAUUGUACGCCCCGUGGAUGAUCAUCUACCUACUGCAAAUACAUGUAUUUCCCGAUUGUAUGUGCCACUGUACUCGAGCAAAAAGAUCCUGAAAUCGAAGCUAUUAACAGCUAUCAAGAACAAAGACUUUGGUUUUGUGUAA